AUGGUUAGUGUUAAAAAAUAUUCCGUUGCUGUUGUAUUUGCCCUUUUGGGUUUAGCUGCUGCUGAUGUAUCUCAUUUGGGUGGUGCCUACAACUAUCCCAAACAACAUGAUGAUAGUUAUCAUUACAAUCAACCCGCUCCUCAAGACGAAGGUUACCACUACCAGCCACCAGCACCACAACAGACAUAUUUGCCUCCCUCUCAACCUCAACAAUCCUACUUGCCUCCCUCUGAACCCCAACAAUCAUACUUGCCUCCUGCACAACCUCAACAAUCUUACUUGCCUCCUGCUCCUCAACCUCAACAAUCUUACUUGCCCCCUGCUCCUCAACCUCAACAAUCUUACUUGCCUCCUGCUCCCCAACCUCAACAAUCCUACUUGCCUCCUGCUCCCCAACCUCAACAAUCCUACUUGACUCCCGCUCAACCUCAACAAACCUACUUGCCCCCUGCUCAUCAACCCCAACAGUCCUACUUGCCUCCCUCUGAAAACGCUGCUCAAGACGGCUACCGUUACCGUGUUGUCAAGCGUUAUCGUUUGAGAUCUCACUAA